GGCUCGUCGUCGUCCCAUCCGCCGAUACCUCCGCUUCCGCCGUGCCGCCGCCGCCGCCGUCCGUCCCGUACACCCCAAGCGCUCGGGCUCUGGCAGUGCUUCGCCUCGGUCCCCCGGUCCCCGUCCGCCCCGUCGAAAUCCUCCUCCGGUGGCCCUGAUUUAUGCUCGUGAACGAUGGAGCAGAGGCUGGCGAAUGCGUUGCGGAUGACCGCUAACGAGAAGAAAUUCAUAGCAAGCGCCCUGCUCUCUGGUCUCAGAGUCGACGGCCGGAACGUCUACGACUAUCGCAAGCUGAGCAUUAAGUUUGGCAAAGAAGAUGGCUCAGCAGAGGUGCAUCUGGGUCAGACGCGUGUAAUGGGAUUUGUGACUUCUCAACUAGUUCAACCAUAUAGAGAUAGGCCUAACGAAGGGACACUUUCAAUAUUUACCGAGUUCUCUCCGAUGGCCGAUCCUUCGUUUGAACCUGGUCGUCCCGGGGAGUUCGCAGUUGAGUUAGGCAGGGUGAUAGACCGUGGUUUAAGGGAAAGCAGGGCUGUGGAUACAGAAUCUCUUUGCAUUCUUGCUGGGAAGUUGGUAUGGGCUAUCCGUAUUGAUCUCCAUAUCUUAGAUAACGGAGGUAAUCUGGUCGAUGCUGCUAAUGUUGCUGCUUUGGCUGCUCUGUCAACAUUCCGUCGGCCAGAAUGCUCAUUGGGUGGAGAAAAUGGUCAAGAAGUAAUAGUUCAUCCACCAGAGGUUAGGGAGCCACUGCCCCUUAUAAUUCAUCAUUUACCUAUAGCAGUCACCUUCGCAUUUUUCAGCGACGAAAGCACUCUGGUGGUAGAUCCUACCCACCAGGAGGAAGCAGUUAUGGCUGGUAGAAUGACAGCUACUCUGAAUACCAAUGGUGAUAUAUGUGCUAUCCAGAAAGCGGGGGGAGAAGGUGUUUCUCAGAGUGUAAUAAUGCAUUGCCUACGGAUUGCUGGUACAAAAGCUGCUGAUAUAACAGUGAAGAUACGAGACACUGUAGAGGCGUACAAUACUGAAAGAGCUUUGCGAAAGAUAAAGCGCCACUCUGCUCCUGUUGCCUUGGAUGUCAGUGGGACUGUUCCUGCUGUAAGGAAAAAUCAGGUCAAAUCUCAGGAUCAGAGGGAAGUCAGCGGGUCAGUGGUUACUCAAGUGGAAAAAUUGAAGCCUAUGAAUGAGAGAAACAAUUCUGAUCAGAGUAAUGUCAUUGAAGGUAAAAUGGUCACAAAAUCGUUUGAACAAGGAGGAACUAACAGUAAAGAUGGCAACCCUAGGAGUUUCAUUGGAGGUCCAUCAAGUUGGGAUCCUUACUCGAGGGGUGUUGAUUCGGAUUUCCUGAAAUUAUCUCUUGCUUCGCGUGGAACUCCAAAACCCUCUAAAAAGCAAAAAGACUUGCAAAGUGAGAAACCACCCCAACAGGCUAGUCCAAAAGGAUCAUCUGAAGAUAUGAAAGUAACACCUCCAGCAACCGAGUCAGCUAAGAUUGCCUCUCAAACCCAUGUGGAGAAAACACUGAAGGAUGCUGUUAAGCCUAGACAUAAGAGGAAAAAGAAAGCACUUUCUGCAUUGGAUGGAAGUUAAGACACACUAGCAGAUUUUUGGAAACCCAGCUUUCCAGAGUAUCACCGAAAGUGGAGCUAAAAAGCAGAACUGUGCUAUGGCUUUGAACAAGGAGAA